UUAAAUGGUUAGGCGCUUGAGCGACGUUAUGGCUGCUGAAACGCGCGAUGAAAUUCCGAGUCGCGAUCGCUCAACAACUAGAGUUGAUGCGCCGGUUUUAUCAUAGGCAUUAAGUAACAAACUUGUGACUACUUGUGCCCAGUUUGAGCAAACGAGUCGUCAGAACUGAGCAAAACUAGUCUGUCUGUGUCGUUUUGCGGCUGCAAAGCUCUUGUUUACUCGAUGAAAUUGCCCAUGGAUGCUUGAUAGCUCUAGUCUUCGCUGCUAGAAGCCUUGUCGCCGAGGAGACCCAAAGCGGUCAGCAAAGCGGUCGCUGAAGCUGAGCUUGUGCACGCUCCGUGGACUGGUGCCUCAGACACCUGAGACAACAACAGUCUGAGCGCCAGGCAGCCAGUAAUACGGGUCUUAGGAUGCCGCGGAGAGCGGGGCAGCGGGGCGGGGCGUCGCGUUGGCGUGGUGUUGCCCAGGUCUGACGUACGGGGUGUGAACGGUUGGAGGAGGUGACGGCACGCAAUGGCCGCACCUCUCCCGACCCUCGGCCCUGAUGCGGCGCUCCGACCUCCUCCACGUUCACGGAGAGUCCCGAGCGCGCGUUGGAAAUGUGGGCCUGUGCCGGGCGCUGGGUUGUUGCGAGCCAAGUUGACCGCGGCCGCACUUCUGCUGGCGCUGCUGGCGUGGGCAGCGCUGCCGGGAGCCCUGGCACAGGCCAGCUCCAACACCACGGCCGCAUCCACCAGCAGCAACAGCACCGCGACGCGCAAUACCACUACAAUCACCUCUUCUGGCAGCAUAUCUUCGCUGCCAGCAAAGUGGACGUUCCUAGUGUACAUGCUGGCGGACAACAAUCUGGAAUGCUUUGGCCUCCUUGAUAUGCUGGAAAUGAUGCAGGGUAUGGCGGCGGAGCCCACGGACUGCCGCACCACCACCUGCGGCGCCGCCUGCCCGCUGGGAUAUGUGGUCACGGGCCGCACCAGCUGCGGAGGGGGCCAGGUGGUGUCUCGCUGCUGCGCCGAGUGGGCCUACCCCGACGUGCUGCUGCUGGCGGACCGCGGCGUGGCCUCCUGCAGCAGCUCGCUGCCGGCGGCGCCCAGCUUCAACGGGCUGGACCUGGGGCUGCUACAGGCCACAUGGACCACAGCCAAGGAGCUGCUGGUGCUGCCGAGCGGUGCGCUGCAGCAGGAGCGUGACUAUGGCGAGAUAGACAUGGCCUCACCCGACCAGCUGGCGGCCUUCCUCACCCGCGCCUACACACGCUUCGGCAGCGUGUCGCCCUCGGGAGCCAACCGCAAGUACGCGCUGGUGCUGUGGGACCACGGCAAUGGCUGGAAGGGCUACGGUGUGGACGACACGUGCUCCUCCGGUACGGCCAGCAGCCCCUCCGGCUGCGACCAGUUCACCAUCCCCACCCUCGUGGCCGGCCUCAGCCAGGGCCUGGCCGGAGCCGGCGGAUCCCGACGGCUGGAUCUGAUCGGAUUCGACGCCUGCCUGAUGAGCAUGUACGAGGUCGGAUCCGCGCUGGCGCCGUACGCUCGUAGCCUGCUUGCCAGCGAGCUGCUGGAGCCGGGUCACGGCUGGGACUACACGGCCUUGGGGAACAUGACGCGCGCGGCGUCGGCCGCCGCCGCGGCGGGCAGCGGCAGCAUCGCUUCCGUGACGCCGGUCAGUGCGGCCGCCGCCGGCGGCGCCCUGGCGGAGGAGGCGGCGGUGGCCGGGAUCUGGAUCUCGAAGUACAAGGGCCAGGCUGUUGCGUACGGCACCACGGGCAUCACGCUGGCGCUCACGGACCUGGGCGGCCUCAGUACGGCGCUGGUACCGGCGGUGGCGACGCUCAGCGACUCACUCAUAACGGCGCUGUCGGGCGCCAACGGCACUGCGGUGGCGUCGGUGAUACUGCGGCGGCGCACGGUGAUGGCUCAGAUGGGCACCGGCGAGCAGGAGAGCACCGUGGACAUGGGGAACGCGCUGGCGGAGCUGGCGGCUGCCUCGGGCCUGGGCUCGGGCGCCGCCGCCGCCGUGGCGGCCGCCAGGUCCGCCUACGCCGCCGCGCUGCUGGCGUUCGGCCGCGACGAUGAGCUGCCCAAGGGCACCGGCCUGGCCAUAUACUUCCCGCUGCAGGCCUCAAAGAUGGAUGUGGACUACGGACGCCUGGCCGGCGCCUCGGGCCUGCUGGCGCCGGCCGCUGGGCGCUGGGCCGCCUUCCUGGCGAAGCUGUACGACGCGGCGUCAGCCACCAGCAGCGGCGGGUCGGGCGGGGCUGCCGACGCGGCCUUUGGGUUCGUGCCAUCCGCUGCGUCCGUGCCGUACCUGGAGGUGGCGUCCGACUCGUACGUCCUGCAGGCCACGCUCAACAGCCCACUGGCGCUCAGUGCGUCCCUGUACUACGGCUUUGUGGAUGCGACCGCAAAGUCGUAUGUGCUGGCCGGAUCCCAAUCCGCACUGAUCGACGGCACCCGCGUGACGGGCUCCUGGCGCCGCCUCAUCUGGGGCAUCACGCAGCGCCUGCCUUCUACCUCCAGCAGCGCUGCCAGUAACAGCAGCAGUACCACCACCACGGCCGCUGCCGCUGCGGCUGCCGCCGCGGCAGCGGCUGCGGCUGCCGUUGAGGCCGCAUACACGCCCAGCCGCACGGCGCUGAUGUACGCGAACGAGGACUGGAUACUGGGGCCGGGCGGCUCCACGGCUGUGAGCGUCUCGCUGACCGCCAACGUCAAAUAUGCGCCCACAUGCAGCUCGCCUCGCUCCCGCAUGGCCUCCGCCAUCCUCAAGUACACCUACUACUUCGCCACGCGGAGGGCCAGCCUGCAGCUGUUUGCGCAGCAGGCCAGCGGCGCCUUCGGCGAGGUGGCGGCGGCGGCGGGCGGCGUCAUCAUGCCGCUCAUGUACAAGCUGCCGCGUGACUUCUCAGGGUCCCAGAUACCCACAUUCGAGUACAGCGGCUGCCUGAAGUGGGGCUACAACGGCACCGUGCGGGUGUCGGCUGUGGACGUGUCGGUGGCCGCCGACGCGCUGGGCGUGGACCUGGACGAGGACCUGCUGCUGUUCCUGCAGGCGCGAGACGUGUCGCUGUCCAAGACCGCCUAUCUGGUGGGCACCUUUGAUGUCGCCGCCACCGCCCACACCACUGUGGGCGGCUGCACCUGUCUGAUGUCCUGGCGGGCGGCGGACGGCGCGCCCCUCAACAACGGCUGCGCAAACCCUAACAACGACACCGCCGGGGCCUGGUGCCCAAUCCAGCCCGGCUCCUGCACACAACCCAGUCAGGCGCGCGGCGACAUCAACUCCACGACCAGCCCCUGGGACUACUGCAGUCGGUCCCGCACCCUGUCCGGCUGCACCUGCGCCGACGUCUACCCGGCCGACCCCACCCGCAACACCAGCACCCUCAUGUACGGCAAGUGCGUGCGCAACGACGCACGCGCCCUCUCGCGCGGGGCCUGGUGCACGGUGAAGCUCAGCACCUGUCCCAGCGCCUACCGCGCGCACGGCAGCAACGACACCAGCUAUGAUUACUGCGAGACGCGCACGGUGGAGGGCUGCUCCUGUGCAAACACGUGGACCUACAACGGCGUGAGGUACAACGGCACGUGCCUUGCGGGCUUCCCGGGGCCCGACCCCGCGCCUGAGGGCCUGUACAACACCACCCGCUGGUGUAUGGUGCAGCCCGGCUGCGUCACCCGUAACCAGAUUGCCGGACAGCACAUUGGGCUGUGCGGCCUAGCCGUGCCGCCCACCGCGGGGCCCUCCAACACGCCCUGCGUGCUGCCAGCCACCCUGUCCGGCAGCGUGACAGUGGGCGACUGCGUGCCCUGGCGUAACGGCCCCAGCGCGGCUGACCGGGCGGACGGCAUUGCGCCGGUGUGCCCCAUCAACGCCGCCGCCACAGCCUUCGCUACCUGCAACGCGCGCUCCUGCACGCCGCAGGACCUCACCGCCUGCCCCAACGGUCUACCCAAGGACACCAACCUGUUCCAGUACAGUGCCUGGACCUCCGCCGCAUGCCUGGAGCAGCUGUGCGCGGCGGCAGUGCGGGCCGGGGAUGCGGGCGCCUGCGCCGCCGACGCCACGCGCGUGGCGGCCUCUAUAGCGCAAUUGAAUGCCAGCAUGGAGGUUGCGGAGCAGCUGCAAAGCAAGCUCGGCAUUUCCUCCAUCUCGCAGUUCUGCUCCCUGUCUGCAGGCGACGACUGUCUGGUGCAGCUGCUGCUGCCCGCCUGCCCCGCACUGCGGCUUAACGGCACGUCCGCCAGCGCCUAUGAGACUGCGGGGCUGGACCCCGCCGCAGCGCUGGCGGACGUGUGCAGUCUGGACUGCCUCAAGGCGCUGUGCCGGGCGGGAGGGUCCGCCUGCGCCCGCGCCACGCUGACUGACUCUUUGCGGCUGAGCCUGCUUGAGGCCAUGGACAGCCGCUGCGCCGCCGCCGGCUCCCCGUUCGCCGCGACCUUCGCCAAGCCCGCCGCCUUCCUGUGCACCGAGCUGCUAGCGCCGGCGCCCACCUGCGCGCGCAGCACCACCCUCACUGGCGCCUCAGGCAACGUGGCGCUGACGCCUGUGGCCGGCAGCACCUCCUACGCCCCCCUCACCAACUGCAGCUGGGUCAUCUCGCCCGCCGGCAUGUCGUACAUCAAACUGUCCUUCAGCUCGUACGCCAGUGAGACGCUGUACGACACGCUGCUGGUGGAGGACGGCGACGGCGUGGUUGCCGUACUCAGUGGCGGGCUGUACGGCACUGGUGGCGCCUCGUUGCUGCCAGCGCCGCUGUACACGGACACGGGAAUGUUCCGCCUGACCUUCACCUCGGACUCCUCGAUUGGAGGCGCGGGCUUCGCCGCCUCCUACACCGCCAGUGCACAGCGCAGUGUGGCGCUGCCGUCAUGCAGCGACCGACAGAAGCUGCUCAUGAUCAACGUGCGUACCGCCUCCUACGCCAAUGAGUACAGCUGGGUGCUGGUGGGGUACCGCGUGGUGCUGGCCAGCGGCAGCAACAGCGGCAGCAGCAACAGCAGCGGCAGCGCCAGCACCUCGGCCGCCAGUGCAACUACUGGCGGGGCCACGCAGCAGGUGAUGCUUGCGGCCGGCGGCACGUUGCCGGCCCAGGUGUAUUCGUUCUUCUCCUCCAGCGACCCCUCCCUGUCCAUCACCGACAGCCUGUACAAGGACAACAGGACCUACACCAGCUACGCAUGCGUGCCAUCUGGCUUCUCCAUGCUGUACCUGUACGACUCGUACGGCGACGGUUGGCCCGGCGGCGGCCUCAUAACGGUGUCGUACCUGCGCAGCGCCGCCAGUUCGUACCGCCUGGCAAACGCCACGGUGCGCGGCUACAACUCCUCACUGGCACUCAACAUUUUCGCCAACAUGCCCAACACCGCUGAGGAGUACGCGGCGGCUCUGGCGCGCAACAAGGCCGGCGGCGGCUUCAGUGUGCGCGCCACUCUGCGGCUGCAGGGCGAGGUGUCGGGCACCACCACACUGUCGCAGACCAAGCAACUCAUCCUGCGUGGCGCCGUGUCGUCGCUGCUGGCAGUGGAUGUGACCACCACAGGCCUCAGCGCUCCCGUGGCCAACACCAACUCGGGAACCGCAGCCGCAGCCUCCAGCAGCCGGCGCCGCCAGCUGCUGAGCUGGCUAGUGGGCUCGGCCAUGCGCCAGCGCGGCGCCGCUGCGCACGGCGGCGGCAGCGAUGGCCCUGGUCAGGAGCACACGGCUGAGGGUGCACUCAUGAACGUUCCAGCCUUGUUCGCCGGCAAGGAAGAGGAGCGGCAGGCAGCUGGGCAGGGUGCGGCAGGGGCACUUUUGGCACAGAGCGUAGGGCGGGCAAGCGAGCAUGUGAAGCCAGGUACAGGCGCCGACGCCGACGCGGCCGACGAUGCCGCUGACGCCAUGCAGGACCUGGGGGCCUCCGUAGAUCCAGCAGGAGCAGCUGUGGCGGAGGACGUGGUGGAGGCGGUGGAGGCGGAGGAGGUUCUGGUUCACGAGCCGGGGGUGGUGGAGGCGCUUCUGGCCUCCGCCAGGGCGCUGGGUCUCAAACCAGCGAAUUCGGCAACCGCAGUCGGCUCAGAGGCCGAGGCAGCGCUGUCGGCUGCCCGCCGCCAGGCACUCACGGCUCUGGAUGAGCUGUUCUGGCAGCCACGUGUGUCGGGUGCGGCCCUGACAGACCUGGUGUCCACGCAGCAACCCAAGCUGGUGACGGGAAGCAGCCGGCAGGAGGAGCACCAGCAGCAGCAGCAGCAGCAGCAGCAGCAGGAGCUUAAGCUCACGGAGCAGGGUGCGAUGAGCGCGGCUGCGAAGCAGCGGGCGCCGCCCGGCGCGGACGCGGAGGAUGCCGCGGUUGUAGGCGCUGCGCCGGAGGUUGUAGCAGCGGAAGGCGAGGGUAACAGCAGCAGCGGCGGUGGUGUCGGCCAUACCGUGCUGCUCAACGGGCUCGUGUUGGGAGAGGAUGGCGUGCCCAUCUUCAGCAUGCGCAGCGCCGUAGCAGGCAGUAGCAGCGGUAGUAGCGCAAGCCCUGUAGGACGUGCCCUGAUUGCAAGUGCCCUUACACAGGCCACGUUGCAGCGGCCAGUGCAGCAACAGGUCACGAUCACGCACGCAACCGCGGAGGGGCAGCCGCAAGUGGCCACUCGAGCUGCGGGUGAUGCAACCUCAUCCGUGGGCUCCGCGCUGGAGGCGCUGGAUGACGAGGCGGAUGCACUGCGCCGCAUGGCGGCACGUGCGACAGCGGUGGCGGCAGGGCACGCGCCGGGCCGCAACGGCGGCCGCAGUGCGGUGCCCGGGCUGACGGGCAGGGGCAUGGCAGCGGCGCUGCAGCAGCACACGGCGCAGCUAGCGGCUCUAUCGGCGCAGCUGCCAGCACCGGCGCCGACGCGCCUAGCGUUGGGUAGCGGGGCUGAGGUUAUUGCCGCAGUAGCGCCGCAAGGAGGACUUGGGGCCGGCAGCUUGCUGGCAGGAAAUUCGGAAGACGAGGAGGGCGAGGAGGCUGAGGACAGGUCGUUCGACGGGGAAGAGACCGCAGCUGUUGAGGAUGCCGCGCCGGCGGCUGAACUUGCGCAUGCAGCCAUCAUGGCCACUGCGCCAUCGGCAGCUGCAGCUGCGGCGAUCACGGCGGACGCAUUCGCUGCCGCCCGGGCCGCUGCGGCGUCAGUGCCACAAGUCAAGCGGGCGGAUGCCGGCAAUGGCGAAGAGGCGGAGAGCAGCCCCUCGGGCUCUCUCGGCACCAUAAUCAAUGCCCCACUGCUACAGCACGGGCAAACGGAGUGGCAUCCUCAACCUCUGGAGCAGUCGCAACGGCUGUCGCAGCGCCAACACCAGCGCCAGCACCGGCACCAGCAUCACAUGGGGCGGCAGCUGCAACAAGCUGCCGCGACCGUGGAUGUGGUGCUGGUGCUGGUGGGCUACACCACCCGCGAUGACGCGGCGGCGGCCUCGGCGCAACUGACGUCGGCAGUGCACGGCGGCGACCUGCAGAAGGCCCUGGGCGACGCCGGCUGGAUGGCGGCAGCGCCUACUUUGGUGGGGUCGACGGAGGUGGUGGACAGCAAGGGCGCCGCCAGCGGGCUGGGCGGCGGCGGCAGGAGCUGGACCAACAUGGCGCUGAUCAUCGGCGCCGCGGCAGGCGGCGGCCUGGCGGCGGUGUUGGUGUGCGCGGUGCUGGUGUGCCUGUUCCGCCGUAGCCGCAGCCGCAGCGGCCAGACAAGUGGCAAGGUGGCCCCCGCCGAACUCGGGGACGAGGACGCCAUUGCCGCCGCCAAGCUGUACGACUCGCAGCAGCUGCAUACGCAGCAGCCCAUGCAGUCGCCCAUGCAGUCCGCACGGCCGUCCCUCAUGGCGCCGCCGACGGCCGCCGCAAUGGGCGCCAGUGCUCGCACACGCUCCGCCGCCAUGCUCAUGUCGCAGCAGCAGCAGGCGGCGCUGGCGGCAGCGUCAAUGGCUGCGGAGCAGCAGCAGGUGGCGGCGAUGGCGGCGAUGGAGCAGCAGCACCGGCAGAGCCAGGCGGUGGCUGCGGCCAUGGCAGCCGAGCACAACAUGCGGGCAUCUAUGGCUGUGGCGCCGCGCGUCGGCUCCGUCGGACCCUGGAUGGCUCCAGCGGCAGUCAUGGCUAUGCCCCAGGCCGCCAUCAGCAGCCCCGUGUCGCCCAUGUACCCGGGCGCAGCCGGCAUGGGCGGCAUGACCGGCCCCAUGGGCAUGAGCCCCAUGAUGAUGGGGAUGGAUUCUGCAACGGCGGCCGCCAUGAUGGAUCCGUACGGCGCCGCCGCCAUGCAGCAGCAGGCGGCCAUGCAGCAACAGGCAGUGUUGAUGCAGCAGACUGCAAUGAUGCAGCAGCAGCAGCAAGACAUGGCCAUGGCGAUGGGCAUGUACGGCAAUGGGACGCAGCAGGGGCACCCGGGCACUAAUGCAUGGCUGUGAGAGCAAGCCUGGGGGUAGGCAAGCAGCGUUGUGGAGAGGAGCGAACGAAGUUGUGUUAUGGAAAAAAGUUGUGAUUCAUUGAGCGUGCGUACGCUUGACCAUUGAUGCCUGUGUUGUGUAGUUAUGCUGCCAGGGUAUAUGGUCAAAAUGGACCUUUGAAAACGACCCUGGGUCACAUGCAGUACUAUCGCGAAUAGCCGCCGAGGAGAACCGGGCUCAAUGGCAUCGGGUAGGCCCUGUUACACAGACCGCCAAAGUCGCGCCCGUUUGGCGAGCUCGCCACAGGAGCGCGAUUUCAUUGUUUUGCCAUACUUCCUCAAUAGCGCGAUUUGUGAGCCGCGAACUCGUGCAGACCGAAGCCCGUCUUCAACAGUUUUCCGCAGUUCCCUUGCGUGCCCGUUAUAAGUGCGGGGAAAGCAAAUCAUUUACAGGCGGUGCCCAUUGCGAGCAAAUAAGGAAGCGAGCGUUUUCGUGAGGUGCUGGAUUUAGCUUCCGUUUUUGUCGUAAGUUUGCUACGCAAUGCACUUGUGGGUUUGUCUUAUUAGCCUUUAAAUUGUGACAAUUCAAAAUUUUGAAAAACCUUGCAACCGGUCGGACUCGGCCGCGACCGCACGAAAUCCCUACAUGCCGACUCAGCCUACACACAUUAACACCCCAUUAUUGCUCUGUAACAUACGUUAUGC